AUGGCGUUUUUGUGGGACAAAUAUGUGCCUUCCAGUGGAGAAAAAGAGGUUUGGUGUGCGGUGAUUGCACUUGAGAGACACAGCUUUGAAGAGAUGUGUGGAGAAGUGGAGUGGCUUGAUGUUGUGCUUACUGUCCCUUUGUCUUAUGAAUUCGUGUCAGCUCUUGUUGCUACCUACAAAAUGUGGUCAAAGUCAAAACCCUUAAAGUUUCCUUUGAGUCCAAGUUUUAUCGGUUGUUCAGUGUUGUGCCGAGAGAAGAAGAUGAUGUCGACGAAGAAACCCUCGCAAAAUAAUCCAGCUCUGUCAUUGCUUUCACUCCCCGAUGAUUUGCUAUUGAGCUGCUUCGCACGUAUCUCGAGAUUGUACUACCCAAUUCUCUCCUUAGUAUCCAAGAGGUUUCGCUCAAUUCUUUCUUCACCGGAGCUUUACGAGACCCUAUCAUUCUUAGGACGCACCGAGAGUGUUCUUUAUGUGUGCUUUCAAUUCAAUCCUGGCCCUAACACACGUUGGUUCACUCUCUGCCGCAAACCUGAGCAAACCCUUAGCAAGAAGAAGAAGAAGAAGAAGUCAAGUGGGUAUGUUUUGGCUGCACUCCCGACUCUCAAUUCUCCUCCUGCGCACUCGACGACCUUCGUGGUCGUUGGUGGCUCGAGGGUCCAAGUAUGCAGGUGGACUAAUGUCCUUGAUGACAAGAUAUAUGUAGCAGGAGGCUCUGAUGACUACGAUGCCUCCAAUUGGAUGGAGGUUUUCGAUCCAAAAACCCAAACUUGGGAGACUAAGUUUAACACUCUGAGGGAGAGAUGUGGACGACAUGUAUGGAAGAGUGCGGUGAUUGACGAUGAGAUCUAUAUGUAUAGGAAUUGGGGUGUGGCUUACAAGCCAAAGGAAGAUAGAUGGAAAGCUUUAGAUAUGGGCGUUUUGAAAGGAGGAUGGGUAGAGGAUUCAUAUUGCGUGAUAGAUAACAUACUAUAUUGUUAUCAUGCUCUCUCUGGAAUGAUAUGGUACGACUCUAAACAAAGAAAUUGGAAACCUUUGAGGGGUUUGAAAGUACUGUCUAAGUGUAGUGGUGAUGCUUAUUUGGCGAGUCAUGGUGGAAAGAUGGCGGUUGUUUGGAACAAUAAUAUGACUUUUAGUUACAGUGAAGACAAGAAGAUUUGGUGUGCUGUGAUUGCGCUUUAA